CCGAAAUCCCCAACUUUCCCCCCUAAAAUCCCUAAUUUCCCACAUCCAAGAAAGAAACCCAGAAGCUUAUUCAACUCUGUGUUUCUUCCCAAGUGAAGCCAAACCCAUCUUUGAUUCUGUUUGCAAUAAGAGCCAGGCGUAGCGGAACACUAAAUCUCCCAACCAUUCUCAAAUCCUUCUCUAAAUCCUCUUCUAAGAUUUGAAAGUCUAAAUAAUCUACUUCACUCUUCACUUUGGCUUUAUGUUGCUCCAUAAAACUUUCUACGCACUCAUCAUCAACCUGCAGUUUAAGUCAUGGAGAUGCACAUCAAUUCUAAAGUCCAAACCCACUAAGAAGAAGCAUGAAAAGAGAUUUGAACAAAACCUUUCCAUGUUUUGAAGCAGAAGAUAUAUUUGCGUCUCCUUCUUCUUUGUGUUCGAAUUGGCUGCCUUCAUCUGUUUUUUGGGUUGUUCUGUCACUGUAGAAAGAGGGUCGAUUCUUCGUUGCUGUUAUAUUUAAAAAUAAACGACGACGAUGAAGAACACUGAAAGACUCGCCAAUUUGGCUUUAGCAGGGUUGACAUUGGCACCACUUGUCGUGAAGGUAGAUCCUAAUUUGAAUGUUAUUUUGACUGCAUGCCUUGCAGUAUAUGUGGGCUACUAUCGUUCUGUCAAGCCAACUCCCCCAUCAGAGACAAUGUCUAAGGAGCAUGCUAUGCGUUUUCCAUUUGUUGGGAGUGCAAUGUUGUUAUCACUUUUCUUGCUGUUCAAGUUCUUAUCAAAAGACUUGGUUAAAAUUGUUCUUGGUACUCUGAAGAUAUUUAUGGAAAAGUACCCUAUGAUUCUAUUGUAUUUAUAUUGCAUGGCUGCACCAUGUAUUUCUUAACUAGUUUGAUAAAUUUUUAUGUGUGGUGUUUAACUUUUCACAUCGUUCUGUGUUUUAAUUUUUCAAAUGUAUUAUUUAUUUUAGUUUUGAUUCUAAAUUUUAUUUUUACUUUAAUAUUUAUGACAACUUGAGUUCUAACUUUUGGAUUUUCAUUGUGUUAUUAAUUUAUUAUUUUAAAUUCUAAAAUUAAAUU